AUGGGACCCUUCCAUAAAAUCAGUAUCCGACUCGGACGGCAAGGAGUUUCGAUCUUGACACCUCCGUGGCCUCCUGGCCGACUGCAACAGCGAGCAGCCAGCCGCGCUCGCAAAGCUCCCCGGUCAAAGUCUCUGAAGGACCACCAAGGGAAUCCACUGUCCGAUGCUGCGCUUGCCUCGGCUCGCGCGUACUGGGACUGCCAACGGAGGAUCGACGCUCAAGGUUGCAAUGGAAGCGAUGCAGAAGAUGAAGCACAACAAUUUGCUCUUAUGCGCGAGUUGUCUCGCAAGAGGAAUGAAUACACAUGCCACGUUCUAGGGGUUUCUAAGCUUGGGGUCGGCGAUCGCACGCGUGAACCUCCGUACAUUGGCGAAGAAGACCAACUGGCACCGGCAGCCGAUGCCGCAGCAACAACGUUUCCAGACGUGCAGAUAGAUCUGUCACCCUCGCAGGAGUUGGAGGUAGAGCACCGCGCCGCGCCUGAACUCUGUCCCGAGCAAAAAAGGGUAGUACAACUCGCGGUGGACGGGAAGAAUAUCUUCUAUACCGGUUCUGCAGGCUGUGGCAAAUCUACGGUUUUGCAUGCUAUCACGCAUCGAUUGCGGGAAAUGGGCAAGAAUGUGCACGUUAUGGCCCCAACAGGCAAAGCCGCGCUGGCUAUCAACGGGACUACGACCUGGACUUACGCUGGAUGGAACCCGAACGACUUCAAGAACGGCAUCCGAUUUUUGAGGGGAAAAGGGCUUGACCCCCUCGCAGUCAAGCGUUUUAAGCAAACUGACACCAUCAUCAUCGACGAAAUUAGCAUGGUCGAGAACUGGCAUUUCCAAAGGCUCAACGAAGUCAUGAAAAGCGGUCGUUCCAACCCUUUGCCCUUCGGCGGGGUUCAAGUCAUCGUCACCGGAGACUUCUGCCAACUGCCCCCUGUCAAACCUUUUCAACACUGCAUCGAUUGUGGGAGCGAUCUAGUGCCAGCCAAAGAGGAAUACACGUGCGUACACUGUAAUAAAAAAUACAACGACAGCGACAAAUGGGCAUUUCGCAGCAAAGCCUGGGCUGCGUGCAUGUUUGUACAUGUUCACCUAGAUUCCAUCCACCGGCAACAUGACGCGGAUUUCAUCGCAUUACUCCAGAAGUGCCGCCUUAGCACCCCCCUUUCCAAAGACGAAAUCGAAAUUCUCAUUGAAGACAGAGAUGUCCCCGACAGUGCCAUCAAACUCCUCCCAACCCGCAAUGAAGUCAAUCGAAUCAAUAACGAAGAGUUCGUGCGGCUUAACAGCCCGCCAUAUUCCUAUACCUGCCUCGAUGAGUUCGACUGGAAUGAGAAGAUGGAUCCACACCUUGAGUCUAAAGGUAUUAGAAACAAAGACGGGUCUCUUCGCGGCCUCGACGACCAUCAUUUUGCGCGUGAGGUCCAACUCAAGGUUGGCAUGCCCGUCAUUCUGCUCAUCAACCUAGACCUAAAGCAACAGCUAUACAAUGGCAGUCAGGGCACAAUCAUCGGCUUUCAACGGUAUGAUAAGGAAGCCCUGCCCAAUUACCCCCCUAGGGGGUACGGUUUCAUCAAGCAACAUUAUGUACGGUUAUUUGCGGGAAAGCAUAAGAAAAGAGUUCCCAACCUCAGUUGGCCUAUCGUGCGUUUUCUUAACGGUCGGGUACGCGUCAUCUACCCUGAGUGCAUCCUGCGAGACUACGAGAAUCCCGAGCCACACUCGCUUCUAAGCCGCACCCAAAUUCCCCUUGCAGCCGCCUGGGCGAUGAGCGUUCACAAAUCACAGGGCAUGACGCUGGACUCUGCCGUCGUGAAUUUAUCCCGCAUCUGGGAGGACGGGCAGGCGUACGUCGCGCUCUCGAGGGUGAGGACGCUGAACGGGUUGAAAGUUAUUGGUGGAGCAAAGCGGUUAAAAGCGGCGACGGGUGGAAAUCCGCAAGUGCGGGAGUUUUUGAAGGAGAAGUUUGGGAUGUAA